AUGAUUCCACAGCUAAGGCGUGCGCUGCUAGCUUUGCUAGCGCCCUUUGUGGUGGUGCUCCAGUUCCUCGUGCGUGUGUUCUGGCUGGGGCUUAACGAACGCUCCGUCUUUACUUUACCGCUCAACUUCUUUGUCAACUUCAGCCCCGUAUUUAUCUGGCUUUUGAUAUUCAAGAACGCAGGCUUGAUUCCCAAGGAGAUCCGUCCUCCCAUCCACGUCUCGUUGGCCCACCAUGUUGAAGUCGCCAUGUUUGAAGUUUGGGACAAACCCUUGUCGUCUUUGGCGUCUUUGGUGGCCACCACAGUGGGAGCGUGGCUUUUGUACAACAGGGUGUACCAGGAGAAGGCGGAGAAGGUCGACGACUACUCCUUGGCGAGCCAUUCGUCCGCCCUGCUGACGCUGUUCUCCGACGAGGACUUUGAGAUGAUUGACUACGAGUCCCCCAAAACACCAGCGGCUUUUGUACCCCCUGACUUCCAGGACCACAGCAGGUUCGGCCCCUUUCCUUUCCUUCCUAGAAUGACCCAGCAGGACGCCGUCAACAACGCCACCGCCAUCAACAGGCGCCUUGAGCGUCACGCCGACUCCAACUACCGUCCUUACAACUGCUGGCUGGCCGCUCCGCCGGCGCUUUUGGGCGCCUCUUGGCUCCUCCUAAAUUUAGACACCUCCUUAGCGACCCCUAUCACCGAGCCCAAGGACGUGUUGGCCUGGUUCAGCUACGUCAUUGGCCACUUCUGUGUGCCGCUUUUCACCGCCAUCUGGCUCUACGUGUUCCAUGCUCCCGGUGCCCUCAAGUGUUUUGGCUUUGCCCUCGGUGCACAAAACAUUGCUGGUGUGCUCACACACCUCGUAUUUCCUAAUGCUCCUCCUUGGUUCAUCCACAAGUUUGGCGACGAUGCUCCUGCUGACUACGAUACCUUGGGCUACGCCGCAGGCUUGACCAGAGCCAAAUUCUCCAUUGGUACUCACCUCGUCAACGACGGUUUCCACAAGUCUCCUAUUGUGUUUGGUGCUGUGCCUUCCUUGCACUCGGCUAUGGCGGUCCUUUGCUUUUUCUUUGUCUGCUAUUAUUCCCGCUGGGUGUUCGCCAAGGUGCUUCUCUUCGCCUUUGUGUUCUGCCAAUGGUGGGCUACCAUCUACUUGGACCACCACUGGCGCAUAGACCUUUUCAUCGGUCUCCUUUACGCCAUUGCCUCCUAUACAAUCUUUUCCAAAUCGUUGAUGCCUCGCGUCGACAAUGAAUUUGCACAGGCCCGUCUACAUUACGACUUCAAUAAGGGCUCCACCAUGGGCAUGCGUGUUUUCCGUAACACAAAGCUCCAGAAUUUCUUUGACCCCAUCGCAUAG